AUGUUGUCUAAGACAUUGCUAUCCUUAGCCCUUGCGGCACUCUCUCUGUUGCCAUCUACCAGUGUAGCAGCACCUCUAGAGCAAUUUAACAAGCGCGACCUCAAAUUCAACUAUGGCGGCGAGAAAGUCCGAGGUGUCAACCUUGGUGGCUGGUUCGUGCUAGAACCUUGGAUCACACCCAGCAUCUUUGAAGCAACACCCGACAAUGUCGUGGAUGAAUACACCUACUGUCAGACUCUUGGCUCCAGCGAAGCCUACUCAAGACUCUCCAAGCAUUGGGACACCUGGAUCACCGAGGACGACUUGCAUCAAAUCGCCGCUGCAGGCAUGAACCAUGUUCGUAUUCCUAUUGGAUACUGGUCAGUCAUCAAGGAUGACAACGCACCAUACGUUCAAGGCGCAUAUCAGUUCCUCGGCCGAGCAUUAGAUUGGGCCGAGGGCGCAGGCCUCAAGGUCAUGAUUGACCUCCACGGAGCUCCCUACUCGCAAAACGGUUUCGACAACUCCGGUCGAAGAGGCGGAAUUGGCUGGGGUCAAGGCGACUCAGUCACCCGGACUAAGGACGCACUUAACAAGAUCCGCGAUGAUAUGGGUAACCACCCCGCCGUUUCGACCAUUGAGCUCUUGAACGAGCCUAUGGGCUCCGCCAUUGGCAUGGACACGGUCCGUCAGUUCUACAUGGAUGGGUGGGGUAACCUUAGAAACACCAACCUGGUUAUGACUUUCCAUGAUGCCUUUGCUGGUGUCAAUUCUUGGAACGACUGGGGUAGUGGCAUGUGGAACUUGAUGCUUGAUACCCACCACUACGAGGUCUUUGACAGUGGUGUCCUGAAAGACGACAUCGGUUCACACGUCUCAACUGCAUGCGCAUUCGGAGCCUCCAUGGCAACGAACAACAAAUGGACGAUCAGCGGCGAAUGGACAGGAGCGCUCACAGACUGUACGAAGUGGCUCAACGGUAGAGGAGUCGGAGCAAGAUACGAUGGUACAUACAACUACAACGGCCAAUCCUCAUCCUACAUCGGAAGCUGCGACGGCAAAUACACUGGUACGGUCGCUGGUCUUGAUGCAACCUACAGAGACAACAUCGGCAAGUUUAUCGAAGCUCAGCUCGAUGGUUACGAGAAGGCUGCCGGUUGGAUUUUCUGGACAUGGAAGACUGAGUCAUCUCCCGAGUGGGACAUGCAGGAACUCCUGCAGAACGGAGUCUUCCCCAACCCGGUCACCAACCGAAACCACCCUGGCCAAUGCAACUAA